AUGUCUGCCACACCGCUACCUGCUGGGCUUUUGGAUCUUAACCUUGGUACGAAAACUCGAAAGACAUCUUAUCUCCAUACGCUCGCGCUGAAGAAGAGUAUUGAAGGCAGGGCGUUGGUGGGUAACGUUCUCGAGGACAGUGAACACCUACCUGUACGGUAUGAGUACAACGAUCCAGUUUGGAUAAAACUGAGCGUUCUUGUCCUCUUUCUGGUCGACACCUCACAGACAAUUUCGGGAAUUCACGUGGUGUGGCACUACCUGAUCCAUAACUACGGGAGUAUUCCCAGCCUCAUUGAAGAGCCGCCUUGGACCCUUCCAUGGGUGUUGAUAGCCUCGGCGGGCACAGCCUUCAUUACGCAGCUGUUCCUGGGAUACCGCCUUUGGCGCCUCAGAAGGCAUGUAAUCAUCUUCAUCUUUGUUAGCAUUCUCGCUGCUGUUUCCUUCGGGUUUGCCCUCGCAUUCGUCAUCUUGAGGCAAACAUCAUUCUGGACACCCAACCGGAUAUGGGGCGCUUUAUGGUUCUCUAUGCAAGUUGUUGUUGACGCUACUAUUUCCGUCAGCCUGAUUUACACCCUCGUCAAGUCUCGCACGGGAUUCGAGCGUUCAGACACGGUAGUCAAUCGCCUCGUGCGCACAGCCAUACAAACAGGCUCUCUGUUCAGCCUUUUUUCGCUGUUAUCCCUCAUCCUAUAUUUCGUGCGGCCGAGCGCUACCUUGUACCAGUUUUUCUACUUCGCCGUUACGCAUCUUUAUGCCAACACGUUGAUGGAUUCGCUGCUGUGCCGGCAGCACCUGCGAGAGGUGUGGGACAAGCCUCAAUAUGCAAUAUCGGGACUCGAAUUUCAUUUGGACACUUCGAGUACCCAAAGCAAGGACCGGACGCACAGGUGA